AUGGCGGACGGUGCAGAGGCACUACGUGCCAUGGAGUCACGGGCCAUUCGUGAGGCGAAAUUGGAGACGUAUACAAGCAAUUUGGGAUCAAUGGCAUUUUUGCUCUCGACGAUACUCUGGAUGACGUUGCCGUCGCUUUGGAGCGUUGUUACUGGCGAGUGGCGUUCCGCUCUACAGCCCAGUCUGUUGGCUAUUGCAGGCCACGGACUGUUUGUAUUGUCGAUGCUGUUGGUAUUUCGGGUGGUGCAAGUGCAGGGGGAAGAGCUGCUUAUUCAAUUCAAUUCUAAGUAUUUGACAAGAGCAAGCAAAUUGGAAUCUUCGUCUGUGCCGUUGGAUCGGGCUACGCAAUGUACGCUGUCUUCUAUGAUGAAGCUAAAAGUGAUGAAACUCGAUUCAUUGUGUGGUCCUUUGUCAGCCAAGAAAAAAUCGUCGAAGGAAAAGGCGCAGACGCACGACGAGCGUUCGUUCUUCGACCCAGCUCCUGUAAAGACCGUCGAGGAUGGCAAGGCGUACCUUCGUCGCCUUCAAAAGGCGCUAAAACUGAAAGAAGCUGAGGAAUCCAUACAGUCAGCCUCAGCUUACGGAAUGGAGAACUCGUACCAGAGCGACGCUUUUGGCAUUUACGGCAACGCGUCCAUGGUGCCUCGUGUGUAUCAGGCUUCGGGCUUUGAUCCGUACCUUCGUGAUGUUAGUAUUGGAGACGAGGAAGAGGACCCACUACGAACGUCAUCGCAUCCGCAUAUUGCAUGGCAGCAGCUGGAAGAGUGGGGGCUUGCCAUGUUCAUGCACUUGUACUGCCGUAAUGUUCGCCGCUUGCUUGCUUAUCACGUGAAAGAUGUCGUUGAGGCAUUUCUCGAGAAUGCAAACGCUCUCAAUGAGUGUGGCGUGAUGGCGGACGUUCUCCUGCGUCGCGUGCCGUCGCAAGCGCUACUGUGCCCACCAGGACAAUUAAACCAAAUGACUAAUGUGUCACUGUCUGAUAUGCUGCACAACCUUGCGAAGAGCCCUCUGUUUUUCAGCAAAGAACGAGGUGUGUUUCUGUUUGAAGAACACCAAAGUUUUGAAAAAUAUUUGAACGUUGGCGAUCCUAGCAGCGCGGACUAUUCAUCCUUAGAACGUCAACAGUAUGUUCUCGAGCGACUCAUUAUGCUGUCGAAAGACCGCAGCCUCGAUCGUUUUCGGUGGAACAAGGGUGCUGCAUGGAAAGGAAAAGAGUGGACGGAAAACUUGCCAACAGAUGCUGAGAUAUUGAUGAACACGUUUUGCUGUAUGAUGGACAACAUGUUGCCUGCAGAUAAUGAGCGUGACCGGCCAUUUUGGAAGUCAUAUUACUUCAGCAAGGGCCCUCAUCGUCCCUUCACACCGCGAGUACGCAGUCGUCUCUUUCUUGUCCAGACAGUGGGACGCCCACCUCAUUUCAAGGUGCUAGUGAAGGGUGCGGCUCGCGAGAUCGUCCCGGGCGAGGAAAAUUGCUUUCAUGCUGUCGUCGUGUAUCUGCACGCCAUCAAAAAAAUGAAGGCGGGCUUCCUGGAAAGCAUUAACUUGCAUCGUAUCAUCGAGCAAACCUUCGAUGUUUCCAAGUAA